AUGCCGCUCGCCGUCUACAUCGACGAAGAUGUCGGCACGGACGACCAGUCCGCCGCCGGCACCGACCUGGCUCCCUACAAAACCCUCCUCUACGCCCUGCUGCAGCACCCGCCCACCCCCGCCAACGACGUCCAGUAUCUCACCCGCAAGUCAGAAACCGGCCCCGUGGCCGACGACGGCGAUGCCUCUGCACGCCUCGAGUGGAAGCCCGCCACCAAGUCCGCGAUGAAGAAGGCCACCAGCCUGUUCGAGGCGCGCAUGAAGAAAGCCGCCAAGGAGCACGACCUGGCCCUGCGCCAGCGCGAGGAGGCCGACAAGCGCCAGCGUGUGCUGGAGGACGCAAAGAAGAUUGUCAUCACCGAGAAUGCCGCGCUGCCCAAAGCCGUGCGCAUCCGCCUCGACGAGAAGGACCCGGCCACGGUGCAGCUGCGCGACGGCGACUCGCCCGGCACGCGCGUGCGGGUGCUGGGCCGUGUGCACCGGCUGCGCGCGCAGAAGGAUGUCAUCUUCGUCACGCUGGCCGACGGUUACGGGCUGCUGCAGUGCGUGUUCACGGGCGAGCUGGUGCGCACGUACGACGCGCUGACGCUGACGCUGCAGACGUCUCUGGCCAUCCACGGCGAGAUGCGCGCGGUGCCGCCCAAGCAGCACGCCCCGGACGACCGUGAGCUGCACGCCGACUUCUUCACCGUGCUCGGCCGCGCCGCCGGCGACAAGGACGCCAUCUCCACGCGCGUCGCGCCCGACGCCGACCCGCAGACGCUCUACGACAACCGCCACCUGGUGCUGCGCGGCGACACCGCCUCCGCCGUCAUGAAGGUGCGCGCCGGCGUGCUGCGGGCCUUCCGCGCCGCCUUCGACGAGCGCCGCCUGCUCGAGGUCACCCCGCCCGCCAUGGUGCAGACCCAGGUCGAGGGCGGCGCCACGCUGUUCGCCUUCGACUACUACGGCCAGCCCGCCUACCUGACCCAGUCCUCGCAGCUGUACCUCGAGACCUGCCUGCCCGCCCUCGGCGACGUCUUCUGCAUCUGCCCCUCCUUCCGCGCCGAGAAGUCGCUCACCCGCCGCCACCUGUCCGAGUACACCCACAUCGAGGCCGAGCUGGACUUCAUCGCCUUCCCCGACCUGCUCGACCACCUGGAGGCCCUGAUCUGCCGCGUGCUGGACCUGGUGCUGGCCGACCCGCACCUGGCCGCCUUCAUCCGCACCCUCAACCCCUCCUUCACCCCGCCCGCCCGCCCCUUCAAACGCAUGCGCUACGCCGACGCCAUCGACUGGCUGCGCGAGCACAACAUCCCCAACGAGGAGGGCGCCCCGCACGUCUUCGGCGACGACAUCGCCGAGGCCGCCGAGCGCAAGAUGACCGAUAUCAUCAACCAGCCCAUCUUCCUGACCCAUUUCCCCGUCGAGAUCAAGGCCUUCUACAUGAAGAAAGACCCCGAGGACCUGCGCGUGACCGAGAGCGUCGACGUGCUGAUGCCCGGCGUCGGCGAGAUCGUCGGCGGCAGCAUGAGGAUGGACGACUGGGAUGAGCUCAUGGCCGCCUAUGCGCGACAGGGCAUGGAUCCGACCCCGUACUACUGGUAUACCGAUCAGAGGAAAUAUGGAACUUCUCCACACGGCGGCUACGGCCUUGGUCUUGAACGUUUCCUCGCUUGGAUGUGUGGCCGGUACACCGUGCGCGAGUGCUGUCUCUAUCCCCGCUUCACGGGACGAUGCACGCCAUGA